AUGGCUGAAGCAGUUCACACUUUCCGGUGGAACAAUCUCCGGUCAGCCUCUCUCCCCAGAAACAACCACCACCACCAACUGAACUCCAGCAGCAGCCGUACAAUUCCGGCCACCACCAGCAACUCCCAACCCAGAACAAUUUGUAAAGCCAUCGAAAUCGAAACCGCAGCCCUCAAACCUGAAGCCGAGCCACGAACCAAGAAAAAGAGCCAAUACGAAAUCGAGAACCUCACCACAUGGCUCCUAAAGCAAGAGAGCUCGGGCCACAUAGAUGCCGAGCUCACAAUUGUCUUAUCCAGCAUCUCACUAGCCUGCAAGCAGAUAGCCUGUCUUCUCCAACGGUCCAGCAUAAUCAACCUAACCGGGGCCCAGGGCACCAUUAACAUCCAAGGCGAAGAUCAGAAGAAGCUCGACGUCAUUGCUAACGAGCUGUUUUGUGGUUGUCUGAGGUCAAGUGGCCGAACGGGUAUUAUAGCUUCGGAGGAAGAGGAAGUCCCGGUUGCAGUCGAGGAGACUUUUUCCGGUAACUACAUUGUCGUUUUCGACCCGAUUGAUGGCUCGGCAAAUAUCGACACUAGCCUGACAACAGGCUCGAUUUUUGGAAUCUACGGCCCGGAAAAGCAGUGCCUAUUCGACAUAGACGAUGAGUCCACUAUAGGGAGAGGGGUACAUGCAUUUACCCUGGACCCUGCCUACGGAGAAUUCGUGCUUACGCACGAGAACAUCAAGAUUCCUAGUUCCAGAAGAAUCUACUCGUUCAACGAAGGUAAUUACGAGUUGUUUGACGAGAAGCUGCAGAAAUAUCUGGAUGAGCUGACAAAGCCAGGGCCCGAUGGAAAGCCAUAUUCGGGCCGCUACAUAGGCUGCCUUGUUGGAGAGAUUCAUAGGAUGUUGCUGGUUGGGGGCAUAUAUGGAAAUCCAGACAACAAAAAUAGCAAGAAUGGGAAUUUAAGGCUUUUGUACGAAUGUGCACCGAUGAGCUAUUUAGUGGAGCAAGCUGGGGGAAAAGCCAUUGACGGGCACCGAAGAAUACUAGACAUUAUUCCUAGCCAGAUUCACCAGCGUACACCAAUAUUCAUCGGGAGCUCAGAUGAAAUCAACAAGCUGCAGAGAUAUUUGUCUGAUUGA